ACCCAUCUCUUCCUCUCUCUAGAAUCCAUCCAAUUGUCCGUCGCAACCUUGUCUCUAUCUUUCAUUCUCUGUCCUUUUCCAAGUCUCGGACAGCCGAUUGCUCAUUUCUGGCUUGUCGGUUUUCUUCAGAUCUCCGAGAAGAGUGGUGGUGAUGGUGUUUUCAUGGUGUAGGGGCGUGGAAUAGCAUGCGGGGUGAGGGUUUUGGAGGGGGUGAUUCUUAGUGAGAGGAAGAAGAAGAGAGAGAGGACUAUGUACAAAGAGAGGAGUCUGGAUCGAUCUGAAGGUAGAGCAACGGGGAUCUCUAAGUCAGAGCUCAGCAGCCUUCCUCUUGAUAGGAAGAGGAUCAAUGAUGCUCUCGAUAAACACCUAGAGAAGUCUUCGCCCUCUACCUCGAAGGGUCUCAACAAUGGCAGAGAGAAGGAUAAGGAAAAGGAUCGCCUCUCCAUUCCCUCUACCUCUUCGGCUUCGAAACACCCACCCUCAGAUCCUAGAGGCUCAGCUCUCUCUAAAACCAAGUGCUCAGAUGAAGAAUCUGAAACUGAUAGUGAAGAGUCAGAUGUUAGUGGUUCAGAUGGGGAUGACACAUCUUGGAUAUCAUGGUUUUGUAAUCUGAGGGGGAACGAGUUCUUCUGUGAAGUUGACGACGAGUACAUCCAAGAUGAUUUUAAUCUAUGCGGACUGAGCAGUCAAGUUCCUUAUUAUGAAUAUGCACUUGAUCUAAUUUUAGAUGUGGAGUCCUCUCAUGGUGAUAUGUUUACUGAGGAGCAAAACGAGUUGGUGGAGUCGGCAGCGGAGAUGCUUUAUGGCCUGAUACAUGUAAGAUACAUCCUCACCAGCAAAGGGAUGUCUGCUAUGCUUGACAAGUACAAGAACUACGACUUUGGGAGAUGCCCUAGAGUUUACUGCUGCGGUCAGCCCUGUCUCCCUGUUGGUCAAUCUGAUAUUCCAAGAUCAAGCACUGUGAAAAUCUUUUGCCCCAAGUGUGAGGACAUCUACUAUCCAAGAUCAAAGUACCAGGGCAAUAUUGAUGGGGCUUACUUUGGGACCACCUUCCCUCACCUCUUCCUCAUGACAUAUGGUCACCUGAAGCCACAGAAGGCCUCACAGAACUAUGUCCCCAGAAUAUUUGGUUUCAAGAUUCAUCGACCAUGAUACUGUCCUUAGUUCUCUAUGGUCUCAAUGCUGCUGCGUUUCCUUCGUUCUUCUUCUUUACAAAGUAGAAGAAACAGUUUCAGGGAUAGGUCAUCAGGAAUGGCGCAGAAAAAUUCCCAUGCAAUUUAUCCAGGUAAUGAAUGUGUCUAGAAAGGGAAAAUUGACUGGUUAAGCUUGCACACACACUCUCUCUCUAUUUUCCUUUUACCUCUCUCUAAUUUAUCAUGUAUAAGAGAGCCUUUGUAAGUUCCUCCAGGGUCUUUGAGAGUUGAAGAUGGAAUUACAUUUCAUUGUGUCAAAAAAAAAAGGAAAAAGAAAAAAUAGUGUGACUGCAUCUCUGUGUAGAUGGAUGGGUCUCAUGGUGUCCUUGUUGGAAGUUGCAUAAUGGGGCUCUCUCUAGUUGUGAUCUGUUUUGUCUUAUAAUUUGAGUUCGCUUGCUUACAUAA